AUGGCCAACCUCGGUGUCCCCAUCAAGCUCCUGCACGAGUCGCUCGGCCACAUCAUCACCGUCGAGCUCAAGACUGGCGAGACAUACCGCGGCAAGCUGAUGGAGGAUCCUCCCCUCUUUUCUCAUCCUCCUCCCUUCGCUGCCAACCUCAUUGUGACCUCGACGUGCCCCCGGCUGUUCACUGUCACUGUCCCGCCUUGUCUUUCCCGCGGCGCCCACCAACCCAACUGCCCAACUGCCCGACUCGCGCGCGCGCUCCGCUCCGCUCAUUAUCCAUUCCACACGCGUCCCCCAACAGCCGAGGACUCGCUCAACAUGGCCCUCCGCGAGAUCACCGUCACCGCGCGUGACGGACGCGUGUCCCAGCUCGAGCAGGUGUACAUCCGUGGCAGCAUGGUCCGUUUCAUCAUCGUGCCGGAUCUGCUGGCCAACGCGCCCAUGUUCAAGCGCGUGGGUCCCAACGCCAUGCGUGGACGCGGUAUCGGUGCCGCCCGUGGCCGUGCCACUAUCCAACGAGCCAACGCCCGCCGCGGCGCGCCCCGAGGCCAGGGUGUCCGUCGCUAG